AUGGAUCCUAUAACAGUUCAAGCAGCAACUGCGACAGAGGAAAGCGAUAAUUCUUUUGCCACAUCCGAGAAGGAAACUGACACCGCUUUUCCUGAGAAUAAUUCAGGUGACAACUCAGAAUAUGAUAGUGCUGAUGCUGAAAGCUAUAGUGAAGAAGACGAAAAUGUUAAAGUAAGAUCCAGGGCUUCUGAUUUAGAUGAACACUCAGAUGAUGGAAGCCUUAUAUUAGAACGGGAAGAAGGAGAUGGUCAAGAGAGCACUCCAUCUAAAAAAGUAGAUGAUGAUGAAGACAAGAAGAACCCCCAGUACAUUCCAAAGAGGGGUACAUUCUAUGAACAUGACGAUAGGACUCUGGAAGACAAUGAGGAAGCAAAUGAAGAAGAAGCUGAUAAAGAUAAAGAUGGGAAGAAGAAAAUUUGGCAGGACCAGAAAGAAAGAUGGUCCCAUGAUCGGUUUAAUGAACCUGAACAAGCACCAAAAUCUAGAGCUGAGCUGAUCGCUAUUUAUGGUUAUGAUAUUAGAAAUGAAGAUGGACCUCCAAGAGCAAGGAGACGUAGAAAAUAUGGCCGUGGUCCUAAUAAGUAUACACGUAACUGGGAAGAUGAAGAGGCCUAUACCAAACCACCUUUGGUAAGAAAAGAAAAGAAGAACUUAAACCGGAAGAGCAAAGAAGACUUCCCUCCCUUAGUUAGAGAUCCAUCAGAAACCAAUGAAGAAAGGUAUGAUUUAGGAAUAACUGUAAAGGUUGAUCAAGAGUCACAAUUUAGGAAGGUAGAAACGAGAAACGAGCCUCCUGUGGAUAGGGCAUAUCAACAACCCCGAGCUGAAAACUCCUUAAAUAAUUCUAGUUCUCAAGACAAUUAUAACAAUAAGGGCAACAAAUCUAGAGUAGGAUCAGGUCGUAUCAGUGGUAGUAUAAAGGAAUUCAAUGAAGCUGAGUAUAACGGAUUUACCACAAAAUCUAGGAAUGCCAGAAAUAGGAAAUCAACACCACAAAAGAUAUUGCCCGCUAAAAGUCGUUCCAAGGAUGACUUUAUUCAGUCGCAGAAUUUUUAUACUUCUAAUAAAAAUAACGAUUUAGAAAAAGACAUGAGUAAACUGAAUAUUGAUGAAGGUAACGGAAAUAAGUCUGGUAUGAGUAAGAGUAGUUUCAAUAAUAAUGCGAAUAAUCAACGGCAGAGUAGUGUACCACCAAGAUUACAAGCUGAACAGAAAGGAUCUAAAAGAUAUAGUUCAAUCCGACAAAAGAGUUUGCCAGAAACUAAUACGCCACCGCUUACAAAUUACCAACACCCACCUACAUUUUAUGCUAGUGAAUACAAUCAACAGUCCGUCCCAUCUCCAACUCAGCCGAUUAUCCAUCAAAACGCCCCAAUAUUAUCAUCUACAUCUCAAGUAGCUCACGUUUCGUCUCUUCAGCCUGCAGCUUUACCACAGCAAGUUCCUGUAACAGCUGCUCCUCUGCUGCAAGCCGCAACUUUUGCGCCCCAAGCUUACGCUCCGCCUCCACCUGCCUUCAUUCAACCGGGACCUGUAACCGGUCCGCCAUUUAUACCAGGACCGCCGAAUACACAACUUAUAAACUUUGUGCAAAGUCAGCCGACUUUUCCACCAAACUUUCAGGGAUAUCAGCAACCAUUUAAUAAUGUGACUCCCACAACCGAAUUAUAUCAACCACAAGGAGGUAUAACUUAUUACUCGGCGGAUCAACAACUUGCUCAACAACGACAGGUUCAUCUAAAGCGUCCGAAAGCAGCUAUUCCAAUAGUGGCCCCACCUUCGUACGAGAAAAAGGAAGACAAUGGAAAUGAUCAACAAGAAAGUGGUCAUGCCCAAAUGGAAAAUGAUAGCGUCGUAGAGGUUCAAUGA